AUGCUCGUGUCUCUCACGCUACCUAUCUCCUUACUGUCUCCUCAUCGUCUGACGCUCUUGUGCUUCUCGCGCAGGAUCAACGCACUCGUCGAGGCCGAGGUGAAGCGACGCUGCUUUGACGAGACGGUGCGGCGAGCGAAGGCGCUCAAGCGAUCGCGGGAGCGCGAGCGACGCACUCGCGAGCAGGAGAUGUCGCGGCUGAAGCGUGCGCACGAGAUCGAGAUACAGCGGCUCAAGCAGCAGCUGGUGUCGCGCACCGCCGGCACCGCGCUCCCGACAAAGGCAAACCCGUACGCGACAAUCCACAACAGCGACUCGCUGACGAGUCUCCGGCGACCGUCGGCGGACGUCGUCGCCGGCGGCAACGACCUCCCGCUGCGGGUCGCCGUGCCCGCGUUCGUGCUGCGCGGACACGGCGCGGAUGCUCAUUACGAGUACGAGGUACAGGUGGCGCUGCGGGGCGAGAGCUGGGUCGUCUACCGGCGCUACAGCCGGUUCCGAGAGCUGCGGCAGCGCAUGGUGGCCGCGUACUCGGUGACGGCGGGGAUCCCGUUCCCGCCGAAGCGCUGGUUCCGCAAUCGCUCGGAGUGGGUGGUCGCGCAGCGGCGGGAGCAGCUCGAGGGGUACCUGCGCCGCCUGGUGGAGGUGUGCGGCGCCGCGCCGGGGUGUCCGCUCAACGUGGCCGAUGGUCGCGUCGUCAAGCACUCGCUGUGGGAAUUCUCUUCCUUCUUUAAGAAGGGCGUGUUUGAAACAACGAAGCACGGGACCGGCUGAAGGCGUUCAGUCGUCCGUUAACCCAACGUUGGUAGAUUUACCCGUUCUUCUAUUCGCUUCGGAUGAAGACGUCUAGCCAUGAUGAUCACGCAUUAACCCGUUUGUAGAUUCACCCAUUCCUCCUGUAGGGUGUGUUCAAGAUGACGAAGUACGGGACUGGCUGAAGACGUCGGCCUUGCGUUAACCCGACAUUGGUAGAUUUACCUAUUCUUCCUGAAGGGUGUGUUCGAGAUGCCGAAACAUGGGACCGGAUAAAGACGUUCGGUGCGAUCCGUCGCGUGUUGACCCGUUCUUCUAGAAGGCCAUGUUUGAAACAACAUAGGACCGGCUGAAGACUUCGGCCUUCCGUUAACCCAGCGUUGGUAGAUUCACCUAUUCUUCCUGAAGCGCGUGUUUGAGAUGCCGAAACAUGGGACUGGGUGAAGACGUUUGGCCAUGAUGGUUGCGCGCUAACCUGUCGGGCUUAUGUUGGUAGAUUUACCAUUCUUCCUGAAGGGCGUGUUUGUGAUGACGUGGCAUAGGACUAGCUGAAAAGUUAUCCGACCAUUGUUUUGACUGCUAACCUGACUUGGUUAAUGCUAUAGUUGAAGAGAUGCUCGAUCAUUCGACUUGGUAGUUUCAUACUACAAUUAUGAAGAUGUUUUAAACCGUUAAUAAUCAGCUGGUUUCUGAAAAAAAAUUCUGACCGUCCAACUGUUAAGUUUAUAAUAUAGUUGCAGAGGUAUUGUAGGGUUCAACUGGUUAGCUUUAUGCUACAGUUAAAGAGAUUCUAGACAUUUCAAUCUAUACUCAAUGGUUCAACUGGUUAGGUUCAGGAAACAGUUAGAGAUUUGUUUAGACAGUUUAUACUACAAGCUGUUAUGUAUAUACUACAGUUGUAGAGAUAUUGGACGGUUCAACUGCUUAGGUUUGUGCUACAGUUGAGGGGAAUUUAGACACGUCAACCUAUUAGGUUUCUACUACGGGUUAGUAUAGCUUGGAAUACUAGAGGUAUUGAACGGUUCGACUGGGUAGAUUUAUGCUAGUUGCAGAGAUUUCGACAAUUUAUCUCAUUACGUUUAUGUUCUGGUUGGACUCCUCGUACCUGCCUGACCCCCUGGGACCUGACUAUAGUGUGCCAGGUUACAGAAGAUUCUGAAUUAUUAGCUCAGAUGACGAAGUCAGAUGCAGCUUGUAGAAUCGCAUGAUUGUCCGUCCGUCCGUGCGUCCGUCCGUGCGUCCGUUAA